AUGCCUCAUAGCCAGAAACUGGACGAACCUCUUGUAACAAUUGAGGUAGAUAGCAGACUCCAGCACAAUGCAGCAGGCUGUAGAUCCUCUCGCAACUACCAGUACUCCGACGGCAGAACCCGUCAAUGGAACACCACCAGAAGAUACGUCACGUCGACAAGGGCGGAUAACAAAUCAACUACACCUGUAGAUGCAAAGAAACUUAACCUCCCAGAUUAUCAUAAAAUUAUCAAAAAACCUAUGGAUUUAGGUACUAUUAAAAAGCGUCUAGAGUCAAAUUACUACUACUCUGCUCAAGAAUGUAUUCAAGAUUUCAACACUAUGUUCACAAACUGCUAUGUUUACAACAAGCCUGGGGAAGAUGUAGUUGUAAUGGCACAAACCUUAGAAAAAUUAUUUUUAAACAGAAUAGCCCAAAUGGAUAAAGAGGAGAAGGAGAUAGAAGUCCCAUCUAACAGUGCAAAGACUGGUGUGAAAAAACGGACGGGCGUGUCAGGCGGUUCCAUUGGCGGCACCGGCGCUGGAGCAGGUGCGACGGCGGGCGGUGCGUUGCCGGUCCGAACGUCUGCUAAGGCAACACCUUCAACUCCCUUGCCGGCAUUUGUCGGUUCCACCAACACAACUACCACGCCCACGCUAACAGCUUCCGCUGCUACACCGCCCGCCACGCACACAGGCUUGCCACAGCAGGUGGCAACUCAACCAUCUAGUUUUCAUGUUACGCCAUCAGCUGCAACACCUGUAUCCACUAUGCCAGCAGUAACGUUAUCACAAACACAACCAGCUAAGGUAAAAAAAGGUGUGAAGAGAAAAGCGGAUACAACUACACCCAUGGGUAGCUCAUUUGAAGGAGGCUAUACGACUCCGACUAUUGAACAACAAAGUGGGCCUAAACCAGCCAAAAUUUCUACGAGAAGAGAAAGUGGGCGUCAGAAAAAGGUUGGAAGAGUGGGAGAAGAUAGUUUUAAAAUGGGUGGAUUAUCACCUGGGAUGGGUUCUGCAGGGGCAGCCCACCAUUCUGGUAUGACUCCUCAACUGGCUAAGGGCAAAGAGAAAUUAUCAGAUGCCCUAAAGAGUUGUAAUGAAAUACUUAAAGAAUUGUUUUCAAAGAAGCAUUCGGGAUAUGCGUGGCCAUUUUACAAACCUGUAGAUGCGGAAUUGCUCGGUCUACAUGAUUAUUUUGAUAUUAUUAAGAAACCGAUGGAUCUUGGAACCGUGAAGCAAAAAAUGGAUAAAAGAGCAUACAAAACGGCUGCUGAAUUUGCUGCAGAUGUUCGUUUAGUAUUUACGAAUUGCUACAAAUACAAUCCGCCGGAUCACGACGUUGUUGCAAUGGCGAGAAAGCUUCAAGAUGUUUUCGAAAUGAGGUACGCCAAAAUUCCGGAUGAGCCCGUUCAUGUCGGGAUACCUCAUACAAUGGACAAAGGCAGUUCAGCGUCCAGUUCCGAGUCUGGUUCCGAAUCUGAAUCUGAAUCUGAUGAUUCAGAAGAAGAAAGAAACAAUAAAGUUAAAUUGCUUGAAAAAGAACUCCUUGCUCUGCAAGAGAAAAUGCGAAAACUUGUGGAAGAAUCCAAUAAUAAGAAAAAGGCAAAAAAGAAAAUUAAAGAAAAACAGAAAAAGCAAAUGACAAGUAGCAGUAGCAUUCCCAAAGCAAACACUGUCACAGCAUAUGGAAAUAAAGCUAAUAACAUUAGCGAAAAUUUAGCAACGGGCGGUAUAGUACGAGGCAAAACGGGUAGUAAACGCGGCGGUGGUAGCGGCGGUGGUGGUGGUGGAGGCGGCAUCGGUGCUGGGGCUGCCAGUGGGGGCGGCGUCAAAGCGGGCUCGCGUGGGGCCGCUCCCGCUAAGAAGAAGAGCUCCACCCCCACUGCCGCGCCGGCGCCUCAUCAACCUGCGCAUCCAGACACGGACGACGAGGACGUCGCGAAGCCAAUGUCCUACGACGAAAAGCGACAGCUCUCACUCGACAUCAACAAGCUGCCAGGUGACAAACUCGGAAAAGUUGUGCAUAUCAUCCAAAGUCGUGAGCCUUCCUUGAGAGACUCAAAUCCUGACGAGAUUGAGAUAGAUUUUGAAACUCUGAAACCGUCAACGCUAAGGGAAUUAGAAAAUUAUGUUGCGUCAUGCCUACGCAAGAAAACACAUCGAAAAGUUUCGGGUAAAUCUAAGGAUGAACAAAUGGCGGAGAAAAAGCAGGAAUUAGAAAAGAGAUUGCAAGAUGUAUCUGGGCAAUUAGGAUCAAAUAAAAAGCAGCAACCGAAAAAGGAGGGCUGCAAGGAGGGAUUGGGUGGCGGGAUGUCAUCAUCUUCUAGUUCUUCUGAUUCGUCAAACUCCUCAUCUAGCACUGAUACCAGCUCCUCCGAUAGCAGUGACAGUGAAGCAGGUCAAGUUUUUGAAAAUAAAAAUGAUAAGUAUAUUAAAGAAAAAAAAGCACAGAAUAAUCAAGAGUGUAUUUUACGACUUGCAAGUAAUAUUGGUGCUAGUUCGGGUAAACCUUCUAAAAAAAAGAUGAAGAAACAAACACAUCCGCUACCGUCGCAAACGAAGACGACGCCGCCGGUUGUCGUGCCCGUGGCGGUGGCGCCGGUGGUUAGCGAAGAGCCGCCGCCGACCGCGGACGUGAAGAGCGACGCGCCCGAGCCCGCCGCGUCGCCCGUGGUGGAGACGCCGGCCGCCGCGCCCCCCACCACCGCCACCGCCACCGCCGCGCCCGCCACGCUCGCCGCGCACACGGCCCACAACGCCCACACCGCCCACUCCGCCCACAGCACCGCCCACCCCGUGCACGUCGCCCCGCCGCCCGACUCCUCCAACGCGCCCGCGCCCCCUGAAGUGCAUGAACAGAAGCCCGUUGUCAAAACCGAGCCCCGCAACGGCCUCGACAAAUUGGACACCUCGCACUACAUAGACCCCAUCGAACGAUCCCUAGCGAGCCUCGAACGCAGCCUCAAGGCGGAUGUGCCGAUGGACGUUAAUGUCAGCGUAGCCGAACCGACGAUGCGGAUGGAAGACUUCCCCAUGCCAAAAGCACCAGUCAUGCCUGACGCGUCCCAUCACAACCUUAUGGCGCAGCUCGGUGGCCUCUCUGAGAUGACGCACGUCCCUGAUCAAAUUAAGACAGAGAUGUACGUCCCACCGCAUAACGGGUUUGUCGAUAAAAACCCACAGCACGAGCGGGAUGUGCUCCGGACGGAGAUGAACCCCAAUUUGUCCAGUAUCACUAGCGCACCUCCAGUGUCCUCCAUCUUUGACCCCACUUACUCGACCCCACAUUCGGUGAACGCGCAAUCGCACCUCACUACAGCUGCCGCACCAAGCCUCAUGACACCUGCUAUUAAGAAGGAAGAAACCAAACCGUUGCUUACUCCGAAGCCCAUCGAAGAUCUUAUGGGAGUGCCGAAUAUGGGAACAAACAAUAUUUCGGAAAGAACGAAAUAUGAAAUGGAUAAAAAGAUGGAAGAUGCCAAAAACACUAAUUUUGCUCAACCCUUCAAGCUAAAACAAGAACAAAACCUGAAGAAUGCUAGCUCUUGGUCCUCCCUGGCACAGGCUGGUAGUCCACAGAGUAUACCGAACAUUGGUACAAACAAUCAAAUAAAACCAAAACCGGUAAUGGAUAGUUGUUUUCAAGCUUUCAAAAAACAAGCUCGAGAAAAGAUAGACCGGCAAAGAGCUCUCAUAGAGCAACAAGAAUUGAGAAAAAAGGAACAGGCUGAAAGAGAAAGACAGAGGCAAGAAACAGAGAGGCGACAUCCAGAGGAAGAAAAAUUGAGGGUGGCGCCGAGCGCGCGUAAAACGGAGGCGGCCGAGGUGUCGUCGCCGAGCGUGUCGCCGGUGGCGCGCGCGUCGCCGCCCGCCGCGGCCGCCGCCGCCGCCGCCGCCGCCGCCGCCGCCGCGCCGCCGCCGCCGCCGCCGCCGCCGCCGCCGCCACCGCCGCGCCCGACAAGCCGGCGGCCAGCGAGCGCGAGCGGCUGCGCCAGCGCGAGCAGGAGCGGCGGCGCCGCGAAGCGAUGGCUGGGCAGAUUGAUA